AUGACGUGCGCCUCAAGGUCCUGGCGGCGCGCGAGGUGGCGAUCCAGGUGCGGCCGUGCGGCGCUGCGCUGUCAUGUUGCUGUUCAAGUACUGCAGCAGAAGCGCCGGGCUCCGCCAAGCGUGGUGCAGGAGGCGAAGCUCAAGGUGCGGGAGGUGGCCAAGAACCCGGCCGCCUACAAGAAGCUGGUGCAGGAUCUGCUGGUGCAGGCCCUGCGCAAGCUGGGGGAGCCCACAGCGGUGGUGCGCGUGCGCCAGGUUGACCUGGCCCUGGUGAAGGAGCUGGUCGAGCCGGCCCGCAAGGCCUACGCCGCCGCGUUUGGCGAGGAGGCGCCCACCAUCACCAUCGACUCCCGCGACUUCCUGCCGCCGCCACCCAAGGCCGGGGACGCCGACGCCGCCGGCUGCUCUGGCGGCGUGGUGGUGACGAGCGCCGACGGCCGCAUCGUGUGCUCCAACACACUGGACGACCGCAUCGCCAUCACGUACCAGGCCAACCUGCCCACCAUCCGCGCGCAGCUGUUUGGCGCCACCGCCGCGGUGCACUGA